GUAGGGAAUCUAUCUUCAAAAGCGAAAACGGCAGGCAGACUUUUCCGUAAAACACGAAACGACGCGCUUUUUGAAAAAAGUGAACAGAAACGGGAUCGUGCACUGCGAGCCGUUUCAAAUUUUCGAUCCCCCGAGCUCUGGGCACCUGAAGCACAACCACCACCGUCGAGCGGCGCGUGAGGAGCACGCGACCCCGUCUCUGAAUCCCCAUAGACGUGCUACUGCGUCACCACCAAUAGCCUCCCAACACGUGUCCUUGUCGCACCUUUUCCUCCAUUUUUUUCUCUCACCCUUUUUCUCCAUAAACCCUCUGAAAACCCUGUCUAGGGUUUCUUCUCUAAUCUCCACAUCACAGCAUCGGUCCAUCACUCUCCAACACUUGAGAACUGUUUACUCGGCUUCAGAUUCUUCCUGAUCUUUUUCCCUUUGUUUUUCUUGGUUUUCUUGAUGUAGCUGAAAAUGAUUCGUUUAGCGUUCAGCUUCGUCGUUCUGGCCCUGCUCGCGGCGGGUAAAACGUCGUCGCAUUUGGGUUCCGGUCCGCACAUUACCGAUGUCAAUAUACUGUUACCUCCAAGAAUGAAGAACCCAGUGGAGUAUCGGCUUCAAGGAAGUGAUGGCUGCUUCAAAUGGUCAUGGGAUCACCAUGAUAUUCUCUCGGUUACACCGGAGUUUAAUGCGAGCAGUCACUGCUCGACCAGUGCACGCCUGCGAUCAACUGCCCCAUAUACUGGUAGAAAAGAGACUGCAGUUUAUGCUACUGAUAUACAUACAGGAAUGGUGAUUCGCUGCAAAGUGUUUAUUGACAACUUCUCCAGAAUCCAGAUUUUUCAUAAUUCUAUCAAGCUUGAUCUUGAUGGCCUUACGACACUCAGAGUUCGCGCCUUUGAUAAUGAGGAAAAUGAAUUCUCCUCCUUGGUGGGUCUUCAAUUUAUGUGGAAGCUAACACCUGAAAGUGAAGGAUCGUCGCAUCAUCUUGCUCAUGUUCCUUUGAAGGAGUCUCCCUUGACUGAUUGCGGGGGAUUAUGUGGCUAUUUGGAUAUCCAAAAAAGGCUUGAGGAUAGUGAUGUAUUUUCAGAUUUACUCGUGGUAAAGGGAAUCAAAAUUGGACAUGAGAAGGUUUCGGUUAAUUUGCUCGAGCCCCCUCUUAAUCAUAUAGCAGAUGAAAUAGUUCUAACUGUAGCAGAGGCCAUGUCGCUUCAACCUCCCUCGCCUGUUUAUGUCCUCAUCGGAGCUGCUUUCCCGUAUACUCUCAAGGUUAUGCGCGGGAAUAAUCCUCAAGUUGUGGCUCUACCAUCACCACAUCACAGAUGGUCUGUGUUGAACUCUUCAGUUGCUCAAGUGGAUUCUUUGACAGGCCUGACUGAAGCAUCAAACUUGGGGUUAACAACUGUCAUUGCUGAGGAUACCAGGGUUGCUGGAAACAUUCAAGGAUCAUCUCUUAAUGUGGUCAUUCCAGAUACUUUUGUCUUGUACUUGCUACCUUUGUUAGCAUCAGGGGAGCCUGUUACAGGGACAGAGCCUGUUCCAUCAUCUGUGCGUUGGCAUGUUGUAUCUGGUCGCCAAUAUCUCAUUCAAAUGAAGGUUUACACAGGAAGACCUGAUGCACAUGAAAUCUUUUUAACCAAGACAGAUGAUAUCAAAUUGUAUGGAAACGAAUCGGAUUAUUGGAAAACCUUCUCAGUGCCAGAGGAUGUUGUCUUGGAAUACAGUUCGCUAAAUUCUAGAAUUUUGACUGCAAUCUCACCAGGAUUGGGAGAGUUAAUGGCUGCAUUGAGUUACUUCAGUGGGCAUGAGAAGCCAAAGAAGGUUCUCAAGGUUGUGCAAGAAAUUAUGGUUUGUGAGCAAGUGAAAUUCACAUUGAACUACGAAAGAGGUUCACCUAUGGUUCUACUCCCUUGGGCCCCUGGCGUUUAUCAGGAGAUGAAGCUAAUUGUGACUGGAGGUUGUGCAAAGGCAUCCGGUGACUUUAAGUGGUCUUCUUCAGACAUGAGCAUUGUGUCUGUGUCAGCCUACGGAAUUAUCCAGGCCAAGAGGCCUGGGAAAGCCAUUGUGAAAGUGUUGUCCAUUUUCGAUUCACUAAAUUUCGAUGAGGUUGUGGUUGAAGUGUCCAUCCCAUCCUCUAUGGUUAUGCUCCAAAACUUCUCAGUAGAGACCGUUGUCGGAUCACACCUACGAGCUGCUGUCACAAUGAAGGCUCCAAAUGGUGCCUCUUUUUCUAGAUGUGAUGCUUUCAGUUCUUCAAUAAAAUGGAACACCAGGAGUGACUCUUUCAUCAUCGAUAAUACAACAUCUGAGAGGUUGGUGUUGGAUGAAUUAAGAAGCACGAGUUCAAGUCCUCCUUGUUCAUGGGCUUAUAUUUAUGCUUCUUCUCCUGGUCGGACAACGUUACUUGCAACUCUGGCGAAAGAGUUUCAUCAUUUUGAUAAGCCUUUGAGUGAAUCUCUUGCGUUGAAAGCAACUUUAAGUAUUGGGGCAUAUCCUCCACUUACUGUCAAACAAGUUAGCGAUGGAAAUCAUUAUGGUGGAUAUUGGUUUGAUAAGGCACAUGAAGAAACAUCUUUUGGCCUUAGAGGCUUGGAUAAGAUGUAUCUUGCACCUGGAACAUAUGUUGAUGUGAUGCUUGUGGGGGGACCUGAAAAGUGGGAUGAAAGUGUGAAGUUCAAACAGACUGUGAGGACAUUAGAUGAAGAGCAGGAUCUUACUGGUGGAAUUAGUGUGCAUCACAUUUUGGACAGUCAUGAUAACCUGUAUAGACUUUCAUGCCAGAUGCUUGGUUCCUAUAAAUUGGUCUUUUUACGUGGGAAUCUGGUGGGUAAUGACCAUCCUGUCCCUGCUGUAGCAGAAGCUUUCUUGUCUGUAGGAUGCAGAAUUCCGUCUUCCAUUGUACUCAUUGUUGAUGAACCCGUUAACAAGCUUGAUGUAGUAAGAGCUGCUCAUCAAGCUGUUAGGGCACCAGGACGAAUUCGUGUAACUCCUGUUACUGUGGCUAAUGGGCAAACCAUUCGAGUGGCUGCAGUUGGUAUCAGUGAUUCUGGAGAAGUUUUUGCAAACUCCUCUUCUCUUUCGCUAAGGUGGGAAUUGAGCAAUUGCAAUGGUUUGGCAUACUGGGCUGAUGCUUAUGAUUCGAAAACGGCAAUGGCUAGCUGGGAGAGAUUUCUGGCUCUUCAAAAUGAAUCAGGGCUGUGCACUGUCCGUAGCACCGUUGAUGGUUUUGAUGAUUCCAUGAAAAGCCUGUAUUCUACUUUUCUUCCGGAAGGUUCAGAGAAUGUUCUCACUGAUGCUGCACGCUUACAGUUGGUUUCCACACUGAGGGUAACCCCGGAGAUCAACCUGCUCUUUUUUAAUCCUGAUGCCAAGGUAAAUUUAUCAAUCACUGGAGGGAGCUGCUUGUGGGAAGCAGUAGUAAAUGAUUCUCGAGUAGCAGAAGUUAUUCAGCCACCAUCUGAUCUACAAUGCUCGCAAAUGAUGCUGUCUUCGAGGGGACUGGGAACUGCACAAGUGACAGUAUAUGACGUUGGGGUUUCUCCUCCACUUUCAGCACUUGCCACGGUUCAAGUGGCUGAUGUCGACUGGAUAAGGAUCAUAUCAGGGGAUGAGAUAAGUCUUGUGGAGGGAUGUACUCAAUUCAUUGAUGUAUCUGCUGGGAUUAAUGAUGGGACAACUUUUGAUUCUUCCCAGUAUCCACUUAUGGACAUUAUGGUCCAUAUUGAGGACGAUAUUGUAGAACAUGUCACGGAUGGUGACAAUUCAUUUUCUGGUGGUGAACACUCGUCAGCUUCCUCAUUUAAAAUAGCAGCUAGAUGCCUGGGAAUCACAACCCUAUAUGUCAGUGCAAGACAACAUUCAGGACAUGAAGUACUGAGCCAAACCAUAAAAGUAGAAGUUUACGCCCCACCAAGUCUUCACCCGCAUGAAAUAUUUCUCGUUCCUGGUGCUGCAUACAUGCUCACUGUUAAAGGAGGACCAACAAUGAAUGUUUCCGUUGACUACACUACCAUGGAUAAUCAGAUUGCAAAGAUCGAUAAAUCAUCAGGACGCCUCUAUGCAACAUCACCUGGCAACACGACAAUCUAUGGGACUAUAUAUCGGAAAGAAGGUACUGUAAUUUGUCAAGUGCGGGGCGUUGUCAAAGUAGGUAUUCCUGCUACUGCUAUGCUGCUAGCUCAAAGUGACACCCUAGCCGUUGGACAUGAGAUGCCUAUAUAUCCAUCAUUUUCUGAGGGAGAUCUGUUGUCCUUUUAUGAGCUCUGCAGAGCAUACAAGUGGACUAUUGAAGAUGAACAGGUGUUGAGUUUCCAUACAUCAACUGGUGUGGAAGAGAAGGAAGCUCGUUUUGUCAAUGCCAUAGAGGGGAGAUUAGCCGGCAAAGCGAGAGUCAUGAUUGCAUUUUCGUGUGAUUUCGUAUCUCCUGGCUUGUACUCUGAAUCUAGAACUUAUCAAGCAUCAACAGUUUUAUCCGUGGUGCCUGAUCUCCCUCUUUCUCUUGGGAUUCCUAUGACCUGGAUUCUUCCACCGUUUUAUACGUCCUCUAGUCUUUUGCCUUCUUCAUCAGAACCUCGAAAGCAAAGGGAUGGUCAAAGUCACAGAGGCAAUAUAGUCUAUUCCAUAAUGAAAGUCUGUGAUUCUCGGGUUGAUGUUGAACAAGAAAACAUUUCAGUUGAUGGGGAAAAUGUCAAAACGACAUAUAGCAACAAUGUUGCAUGUAUUCAAGCUAAAGACCGCACCAGUGGAAGGACUGAAAUUGCUGCUUGUGUGAAGGUUGCGGAGGUGACGCAAAUAAGAAUGAAGAGGGAAGAGAAUCCUUUACAUGAGGUGGAUCUUGCUGUUGGUGGUGAAUUAGAACUUCCAGUAAGCUACUAUGAUGCACUAGGAUCCACUUUUCACGAAGCACGUGAUGUUAUUCUCUACAAUGUUGAAACCAAUCACCGCGAUGUUCUAUCCAUUGAGACUGUCAAGGAAAAAACAAGUAUCUAUGUCAAGGGAAUGAAACAUGGCAAAGCUCUUGUCCGGGUGUCAAUGAAUAACGACUUAAGGAAGGCAGACUACAUUCUGAUAUCUGUUGGCGCACAUAUCUAUCCUCAAAACCCAGUCAUUCACAGUGGAAAUUUACUUAAUUUCAGCAUAGAAGGUGCUGGUGAUGAAGCCUCUGGUCGAUGGGUUUCUGCCAACCGAAGCGUCCUUUCUGUUAAUCUGGCAACUGGAGAAGCUGAAGCGAUAAGCCAAGGCUCAACUCUCGUUAUAUUUGAAGGUCAGGAAAUGAAACUGCAAACCAAGGUCACAGUGCUAUCUGGAAAUACCAUAUAUGUGGACGCUCCCAAAGAAACAUUAACAAAUGUUCCUUUCCCCACGAAGGGAUAUAGCUUCCCCGUGAAAUUCAGUGAGAACAAGCUCAGAGGUUAUGGAAAUGGAAACGGGCCAGAAUUUACCUGCCAAGUGUACCCUAAUUUUAUAGGAUAUACUAAGCCAUGGAAGGACCUUGAGACUGGCAACAGUUACUGCCUUUUCUUUCCCUACUCGCCUGAGCAUCUGGUCCACUCCAUGCGUACAUCAAGGGACAUGAAACCUCAUGUAUCGAUCUCCAUUAAUGCCUCACUAACUGAAGCUAGUCAUGUUUCUGGAUCUGCAUCUGCCCUUCUCAUUGGAGGAUUUUCUCUAUCAGGAAUGGGCAAGCUGAAUCUAACUCCAGAUGCCAACAAGACCAUCAUAUCGAUUCUGGGGAAUACCGAAGUUGAAAUUCACUGGCAUAACAAGAAUAAGUUAUCAAUCAGCUUGAUUAACAGAGAAGAAUUUGGCAUAGGAGGGCGUGCACAUUAUGAGGUUAAGGUGUUAAGAUCGGAGAGAUUCACUGAUAGAAUUAGCAUCACACUUCCUGCAACUGGCCAGAGUGUUGAAAUGGAUGUCUCCUAUGACACGGGAGAAGUGCCAUCCUCUUCUAAUAAAAAGGAUGGAAAUGCACUUAUGCUGAAACUCCUCGGAAGCAUUCUCGUGCUGAUAAUAACGGUGUUUAUCCUCAUGAGAGUGAUCGAUAAACCCUUCAUCACAUCUAGAUCUGGUCCACUUGUCCCGUCCACAGCCACGGCCACGGCUACUGCAAACACGGCAGGGCCAGCGACUCCAGAACGCAGGAAUCCAGCGAUUGUGUAUCACGAGCAAUCUCCCAGAACUCCGUCGCCGUUUGUGGAGUACGUGAGAAGGACCAUUGAUGAAACUCCAAACUACAGAAGAGAUGGAAGGAGGAGGUUCAAUCCUCAGAACACUUUGUAGACUUCCAACAAAAGAUUGUUGUUGUUAAUGUAGAUGUAGUAAAGAGCUUUGAGGAUAUUUAUGGUAUAUCAUACAUCAAAUCAUGUAAAUGGGCCUUGAAUUGGGCCUUUUUUAUGGAUUAUAAUGGGCUGAAAAUCGUAUGCGGGUUUCUA